AUGAAGCGGAAGUACAAUUUUUUUGAAAUUUAUAAUAAAAUUAUUUUAAUACUUAAAGAAUAUUGUCUUAAUUGUUCGAUAGCUGGAUUCGGUUAUAUUGCUAAUGAUAGAUAUCAUUUUACUGAAAGAAUUUUUUGGUUAAUAUGCGUUAUUAUAUCAUCAGUUGGAUCAUACCAUUUAAUUCAAGAUUAUAUGCAAGAUUUUGAACGACAAGCUGUAAGUUUAGUUAUUGAAGACUUGCAACCAAGAGAAAAAUCAAUUUUCCCAUCAAUUGGAAUUUGUGAGAGAAUUAAAAUGGAAACAAAUGCCGAAAAUGCAGCUAAAGUUUUUGCCGAGAUUAGAAAAAAUGUGAAAUUAAGAGAUUUUGAUGAUUUAGAAGUUGAAAAUAUGGAAGAUUUUGUGAUGAAAUUAGCAUUUCCCACUGAAUUACAUAAAAAUAUAAUUGAUAGCUGUUGCUAUAGUAAAGAUUUAUUCUGUCCAAAUAGUAAUUACAGCUAUAUAAUGGAACAUAUUCCAGCAACAUGCCCUGAACUUUUCAUGGAAUGCAAAUGGAAUAAAAAGAAAUUUAAUUGCUGUGACUACUUUUAUAAAAUGCAUACAAGCAUGGGCAAAUGUUUUUUAUUGAACUCAAUUCAAACAACUGUACAAGGAAAGAAAAAUGUAUUAGACUUACGAGUCGGCCUCGGUAUGGAUGAUGCCUUAAUGGAAUUAAAAUUACACAGAGGAUUUUUUGUUUUCUUAUUAAACGAGGAAGAUGUUCCAGAGGGUUCACUUGGUUUUCUUAAAGUCCCAGUUGAAUCUCAAACUCUUUUGAAAUUAAGUUUGGCAAAUAUAAUUAACGACGAAGGUGUACGUGAUAUUCCUCCUGCUUACAGAAGAUGCCGAUUUAUUGAUGAAAAUGAACCUGAUUCUAUUUUUAAAUAUUAUAGUUUUACAGCUUGUGUCUCAAAUUGUUUUAAAAGGGCUCAAUUAAACAUUUGUAAUUGUACAUCUUAUCAUUAUGUACCCGAAUCGUUUUAUGAUCCUAAACGACCAUCAUGUGAUUUAGAUGGUUUGAAAUGUAUAGCUGACAAUGACUUAUGGCUACCAACACCUAAACGAUUACAACCUUGGAAUGAAAGAACAAUAAAUUGUACAUGCUUACCGUCAUGUAGCGAAAACGAAAUUCUUAUAAUUGAAACUACUGUUAAACCUGCAACUUUCAGAGGAUGUCAAGUUAUUGUUUCGUUAAUGAAUUUACCAUACGAAAGAUAUAGAAGGCAAACUGUAAGAGGUAAACUGGACAUUGUUGUUUCAAUUGGAGGUAUUCUUGGAUUAUUUAUGGGUGCUAGCAUUAUAAGUGGAAUUGAAUUCAUUUAUUAUAUGAUAACUGGUUUCUACCAGCAUUUUAUAAAAUAA